AUGAGUUCCGACUACUCAUACGAUGACCAGGCCCAGUUCUUCCCCUUCUUCAUCCUCACCUUGACGGGCCUGAUCACUCUCCCAAUCACAUACAACCUACUGCAGCCUAGCAAGGACGAUUCGCAUCUUGCUCCACGCAUACAGACAGCCUACACGAUUCAGCAUGGAGACGUCGUGGCAUCACUGCGGGCGGCUCAGAAGAGGAAGCAGCGCAAGAUCAAGAGGGCCGUUGUCGCCGUGGCUGGCUGGGGCCUGAUGGCACUCAUGGCCUAUCUGAUCAUGACGACGAGUCCUGUCGAGAAUAGGAUCUGGAAUCCCUACGAUAUUCUAGGUAUUUCAGACUCCGCCACGGAAAAGCAAAUCAAGUCACACUACAAGCGCCUGUCAAUCAAGUUCCACCCUGACAAGAUGCGACCUGAUCCUGCCAAGAACGAGACGGCCGAGUCUCUCACUGACUACUACAUCGAGCUCACCAAGGCCUACCAGGCCUUGACUGAUGAGGAUGUCCGCAAUAAUUAUAUUCAGUAUGGCCACCCUGACGGCAAGCAGAGCAUGAGCAUCGGAAUCGCUCUGCCCAAGUUUAUCGUUUCAGACGGCAACGGCAAAUACCUCGUCAUCUUGUACACGGGCCUCCUCGGCGUUUUGCUGCCAUAUCUCGUUGGUUCCUGGUGGUACGGGACCAAGAAGCGUUCCAAGGAGGGCGUCCUCAUGGAGAGCGCCAACAACUUGUUCCGACACUAUGAUGAGGAAAUGGAUGAGUCCGGCAUCAUUGCAGCCCUCAGCGCUGGAAGGGAAUUCGACAGCGUCCUCAAAGGCGACCAGGCAGAGUCUGGCCUGUCCAAAAUCGAGUCACGCAUCUCUGCCGAGGGCGAGACCUCACCUUUUGCCUGUGGGUUCUCGGCCAAGGACAAGCAGAGGCUGGAGGAUCUCGAGAGCGGCGUAAGGCGCAAGGUUCUCGGUCUCCUGUGGGCUUAUCUGGGUCGUGUUGAGCUCGACGACGCCGCUCUGACCAGGGCCAAGUACGAAAUCGCCCCCAUCGCCCGCGCUCUGAACCAGUCCUUUGCUGCGAUUGCCCUCGCCUUUGGUAACAUUGGCCCCAUCUCCGGCUCCUUCCUGGCCAACCAGUACAUCAUCCAGGCCUUGUCCCCCAGGUCUUCGCCUCUACUCCAGCUCCCUCACUUCACUUCCAAGGUCGCCGCGGCAGUCGAAGGCCACUCCAAGUCGCACAUGACGGUCCAGCAGUUCAUGGACCUUCCUGAUGCCCAGCGGCGGCGGCUGGCAAUCGGAAAGGGCCUGCUCUCUGAGAAGCAGUACAAAACCGCCGUCAGUGCAGCCAAGCAGCUGCCCUACCUGCGGGUCUCCAAGGCCUUCUUCAAGGUCACCGGCGAGCGGUGCAUCAUCCCGUCUUCCCUCGUCACCCUCGUCAUCAAGGGCCGCUUCAUCCCCCCCGGCACCGAGAGGGUACCCGCAAUCAACGACUUGGAUCUCGAGGACGUCGAUCCCGCCGAGGAUGAUCUCGACGCGCUCAUGGGCCGCAAGAAGAAGACGAUCACCGGACCCGACGGCAAGCCCACUUCCGUCGAGGAGCAGAGCAUCCUGCCCCCGCUGGCCUUUGCGCCUCACUACGCCCGCGACCACACCCCCAAAUGGUAUGCUUUCCUGAGCGACUCGAAACAGGGCAAGAUAGCCGUGCCCCCCUUCACCUUUGACCGAUUCGACGAGCCCAUCUUCGACGAGCAGGGCCAGCCCACGUUCAACAUGCAGACUCUCAAGGCGCAGUUCGCCGCUCCCCCGCAAGCCGGCCACUACACGUUUGUCAUGCACGUCAUUUGCGAUUCGUACGUCGGGUUCGACACCAAGGUCGAGGUGACCCUGGUCGUCGAGGAGACCGCCAAGGCCGCCGAGAUGGAAGCUGAAGAUGAGAUUUCCGAGCCCGAAGAGGAUUCCAUUGCCGGCCAAAUGCACGCCCUGAAGACGGGCCAGGCACCACAGCCCAGGAGGCGGAGAGUAGAAGUGGAGUCGGACGACGAGAGCGGCACAGACGAGGAGUCGGACGAUACGAGCGACACCAACACUGACACGGAAGAUGAGUCAUAG